AUGAUACGUCCAUUAUGUUCAAGAGUCAUUGUCAGUUACAUAUUCGCAAUUUCUCAGUUUCUACUGGCCGCUAAUGCGUGGUCGCCCACAGACAGUUAUGUACCUGGCACAGUGUCGUGUCCCGAUGACAUAAAUCUGGUGAGAGAGGCUACAUCUAUAUCUCAGAAUGAGAGUGCAUGGUUAGAAAAGAGAAAUAAAGUCACUAGUGUAGCUUUGAAAGAUUUCUUGACAAGGGCUACUGCGAAUUUUUCAGAUAGCUCGGAUAUUUUAUCGAAAUUAUUUAAUGAUAACAACAGCGAAAGCCUGCCGAAAAUUGCUGUCGCUGUUUCAGGUGGGGGCUACCGGUCUAUGCUGACAGGUGCGGGUAUUUUAGCAGCAAUGGAUAACAGGACUGAAGGUGCUUAUGAGCAUGGGCUAGGUGGCCUUUUACAAAGCACAACAUAUCUAUCUGGUGCCUCGGGUGGUAACUGGCUAGUUGGUACUCUAGCCCUAAACAAUUGGACUUCCGUGCAGGAAAUUCUUGACAACAUGCAGAACGACGAUUCCAUUUGGGAUUUGUCAGAUUCUAUUGUUACCCCCGGCGGAAUCAAUAUAUUCAAGACCGCCAAAAGGUGGGACCAUAUCUCUAAUGCUGUCGAAUCCAAGCAAAACUCUGAUUAUAAUACUUCUUUGGCCGAUAUUUGGGGUAGGGCUUUGGCCUAUAAUUUUUUCCCUUCUUUAUAUAGAGGCGGGAUAGGCCUAACUUGGUCUUCCAUUAGAGAUUUUCCAGUGUUUCAAAAUGCUGAAAUGCCUUUUCCUAUUUCUGUUGCUGACGGUAGGUAUCCUGGUACCAAGGUCAUCAAUUUGAACGCAACCGUUUUUGAAUUUAAUCCAUUUGAAAUGGGAUCUUGGGAUCCUUCUUUGAAUUCUUUCACUAACGUUAAAUACCUGGGAACGAACGUUUCCAAUGGUGUACCAUUGGAAAGAGGAAAAUGCACUGCGGGCUUUGAUAAUGCCGGUUUUAUUAUGGGUACUUCUUCCACCCUGUUUAACCAGUUUCUUUUGAGAAUAAACUCUACUCACUUGCCUAGUUUCAUUACAAGAUUAGCAAGACAUUUCCUAAAGGAUUUAUCUCAAGAUUUCAAUGAUAUCGCUGUCUAUAGCCCCAACCCGUUCAAGGAUACCAAAUUUUUGGACAGUGACUAUACUACCAGUAUUGUUGAUUCAGACAGCUUAUUCUUAGUCGACGGCGGUGAAGAUGACGAAAAUGUUCCCGUUUUACCACUUAUACAAAAGGAACGUGAUGUGGACAUUAUUUUUGCAGUGGAUAAUUCAGCUGACAUGAGAUUAGCUUGGCCUGACGGUUCUUCUUUAGUGCAUACCUACGAACGUCAAUUUGUUAAGCAAGGUCAAGGUAUGUCCUUUCCAUAUGUUCCAGAUACGAAUACAUUCGUUAACUUGGGUUUGAAUAAGAAACCAACCUUCUUUGGCUGCGACGCUAAUAAUUUGACCGAUCUUCAAUACAUUCCACCUUUAGUUGUAUAUCUACCAAAUGCGGAAUACUCUUUCAAUAGUAAUCAGAGUGCUUUCAAGUUGUCAUAUUCCGAAUCCCAAAGAAGAAGUAUGAUUCAAAACGGGUUUGAAAUUGCAACUAGAAAUAACUUUACUGAUGAUCCUGAAUUCAUGGGCUGCGUCGGCUGCGCCAUCAUGAGACGUAAACAGCAAGCUUUGAAUAUUACUUUGCCUCCAGAAUGUGAAACCUGUUUUACAAAUUACUGCUGGAAUGGUACUCUGGAUACUACUCCGUUACCAGAUGUCGAAAAAGAUGUUCAUCACUCUUUUAUCAACGUUGGCAGUUUCAACAGCUCCCUAGGACAAGAAGAAGGUCAGUACGUUGGAUCUUCAGCUUCUCAGCCAUCGUCCUCAACCUCGUCUUCGGGAGUUCCGUCGGCCACUGCAACCCUUAAGAAAAAGGCAGCUACUAAUUCUGGAUCACAUUUAUCUGGCAUAAGUGUAAAGUUCGUUGCUAUAAUUAUGCUUGCUCUCUUGCCGCUUACCGGAGCGGUAUAA